AUGAAGCUGCUGUUGCUGUGUCCGGGGCUGACUCUAGUCUGUGCCCACAAGGAAGGAAACCCUGAUGUUGUAAGAAGCAACUUCGAUAUUUCAAAGAUUUCAGGGGAGUGAUAUUCCAUUCUCUUGGCCUCAGACACCGAAGAAAAUAUAGAAGAAAAUGGUAGCAUGAGAGUUUUUGUGGAGCACAUCCAUGCCGUGGAAAAUUUUUCUUUGUUCUUUAAAUUUCAUACAAAGGUAAGUGGAGCAUGUACUGACAUGUCUUUGCUUUCUGACAAAGCAGGAGAGGAUGGUGUAUAUAGUGUUACCUAUGAUGAAGACAAUAAAUUUCACAUACUUCAAACGAACUGUACUGAAUAUAUUUUUAUCUCAUGAAUGUCAACAACAAUGAAUCAUUUGCUGGAGCUCUACGCCCGAGAACCAGAUGAACCCCAAAUCAAGAAAAAGUUUGUGAAAAUUUACCAAAAAUAUGGGAUUGUUAAGGAAAACAUAUUUCCACGUUUCCAUAUUACCAAAGUCGAUCACUGUCUCCAGGCCCGAGGGAGUGGAGUGGCCCAGGCCUCCAGAAUUCUGGGAAGCACCAAGCUAAAUCACAAAUGCAAGGCCUGGUUUAAUGCUGUGCACUUAAGUAGCACACAGGAUGCCCCCAAGGCUUUUGGCCUGAGCAAUUGGAAGGAUGGAAUUGCCAUUUACUCCAGUUACCUAGAGGAGCCAGUUUAG